UAUUAUUUGACCGCCUUUUUUGGUGUUUGGAGAAAGUAAACACACAAAACGGAAGUUAUUUAGUUAAAAUUAGAGUCUUUUUUAUGUUACAAAGUUAUAAUUACAACGGUAUUAUUAUAAGAAGCGCAGAUCAAUUGAUUCUUUCAAUACGACACGAAUUUCUAUGUGACCAGAGCUGAAAAUGGCUUCAUUUUCAAAUAUGAAGAGCAAGACCAGAGGAAAAAUCCGAGACAUCAACAGUUUUGCCAAGCAGAUCAUCAGUGGAGGAGUUGUGCGUCCGAGAAGAUUUUUACCUCGAAUGUCUUUAACGUCUGCCUCGGAUCUGUCAUGCAGCUCGCCAAACGGCGCUCUCAAACCCAGCAGAACAUCAAAAACUGAUGUGAAGGCUGCAUUGCAGGAGAAUAUUAAACUGACUACAAUCAAUUCUCAGCCCAGAGUGGUUAUUAGGAGAAUUAUAGAAGAGUCUCCUGAGUUGUCUGAUUCUGAGCAAGAUGAGAAACCAAGCAGCAGCAAUCGCCUGGUGCCAGCAAAGAAGGCGAAACUGGAUUUGCAAGACACCAAAACAGCAAUAAAACACACCAAAACAAAAGUUGAUCUGAAACAAGAAAGCGUUCAACUGCAUUCCUCGUCAAUGUCCAGCACCUUACAAGAAGAUGUUAGCAGUUGUCUGGGCAGACACAGGAACAGAAUCAACCAAUCCCUGAAUGCCAGUUUCAUUUCUCUUGGUAACAUUAAGUUAAAUGAGACGAUGGCUUCCUUGCCAGAGUGGUUCUCGGAGGUCCAGAAGAAACGUUCGAAAGAGCCAUCACAAAUUCAAGUAAAAAUUGAUUACAAAAGCAGUCCAGCAGAUGCGCAGAAAUGGGAUUCCUUUGACAAAAAACUCAUGCCUCCUCCCAGUGCUCCUUCAGAAAAGUUUUAUGAGCAGAAAAUCAGAAUUCAAGACCAAAAGAAUAGUAGCCAUAAGAUUAGCAACUGGUUUCUGGGCUUCUCUCCAAAUGGCUGUGCUGUUAUACAGGGUCUUGACAACGACAGGAAUAAAACUAUAAAAACCACUGACAUUGUGUCUGUGACAAACUUCAGGGAAGUCAAGACUGCAAGAAGUAGUUACAUUUUGGUUGGCCCAAUGGAUGAGAAGAAGUGGAAGAAGCAGUUACCUCCUGGAUAUGAGCAUCACUUUGUUGAUGGCUUCCCUGAGAAUUGGAGGGAAAUCACUCAUAAGAUUAAAAGUGAUCUUAAUUGCACUCUGACUGAUGCACCCACCUCGCCUGAAAAUGAAUUCAGUUCUGAUCGAAGACUUGGAAAUGAACCAAUGCAAGUCAAAAGCUUGAAAUCAGUACAUGAAGAGUUGUCCUCGGUCAACUAUGUGUCAUGGAAUGAACGAGUGAAGAAUAAACUGAGAACUGUUCAGUCAAAAUCUGCAGUUCCUAACGCUCAAGUAGACCUGGAUAAUGUUUCUUUAAAUAUGAAAUUCUCUGACUCUGAAUCAGACACUGAGCGUGCAUCAAAGAAGUGUGCCCCUGAAGAGAGCAUAGACGAUGCCGAAAUUGUCAGGUUAAUAAAAUGGAGACCAGCCAAGGUUGUCAACUGUGGAAAAGUUUCCUUUGUUUUAAGAGGAUAUAUUAUUGAUGGAAAGGGCAGAGUGAAAAAAAGUGUAGAAAUUCCUUUUGAAAAUAUUUCUCCAGAGAACUCAACUUCCUGCAUUCUUAGGAGCAUCGACAAACUCUUCGAGUAUCAUUUGAUUGGCAAGCUAUAUGCUGAUAGAAGCAUGCCAGAGCACAUGCGGAGGAAAUUUGAAAGUGGUUUCCCUGACGAAUACAUGCACUACCUGCUACAGUGGGAUGAAAUGGACGAAAGUAUUGAACUUGCAGGUGCCAUGUCAAAGAGUAGAUUUGGGAGAGCAGUGAAUUUGCCUGUUAAGUUCCGAGAUAUUCAACAAGACAUCUCGUCUGUUGAAGAUGUUCAGUCUGGCAAGAAACAAAGAAUCUUAUCUAGGACCAACUUGCAGCAACCAGUAUUACACGGUGAAGGAGAUGUGAACAUUUUGGCGCUCAAAGGAAAUACCUUGAAAGCUGCCAAGAAAAGGGCGGAAAUUAAGAAUAAGUUGAGGGCAGAAGUUACCACUCUGGAUGUUGACUUUUUCCAUCAUGCAUCAGAAUUCGAGUCGCAAACAGAGGAUGAAUUUCCAAAUACAACAAAAAAGACUCCAAUGCGCAAAAAUAAACUCAAUAGAAUGCUCUCUCCCAUGGCAGAAUUUGCGAGUAAACAAGUAGAAGACGAGAAGCCAAGAUCUGAAUCUGAGGAGGAAGAAUCAGUGAAGCCAAGAGACAAGAGGAAAGUGAAAACCUUUAAAAAGUUUGUCUAUCAUGAAGAAAUGCAGCAUUAUACCAAACCAAAGGCAAAUGAGCAGAAAAAAGUGCUCCCUAAAGUGGCAAAGUUUAGAAGUACAGACAUUCGUUGCAUGAAGGAAUAUCUUGAAAAAGAGCAGAGACGUAAGUGCCGGAUUGACAACAAGCUGAAGUUGGGUGAUAACUCGGAUUUUUCUGAGGAAGAGGACUAAAAUGUCUAAAAUCUAGCGUUUUUCUUUUUGCUUAAAAAAGUUUUUCUGCGUGAAGUUAUAAUUUUUUUUAUUCUGUUCAUAUAACAAUAAAUUUCAAUCAUAUUGUACGUCA